CCAGAAGCCUGGUUCCCUGACGUUUGGGGUUGCCGCUGCCACAGUGCGGAGAAGGACCUUCCUCUUGUUCAACCUAUCUGCAACAAGUUUGGAGGCACCGACACGACCAUCUAUCCUCCAGCCAAGCCGGAUCCGUUCUUAGGCAGAUUAGUUUGGUGCCAGAAAAUAUCCCUCAAGUCGGCCCCAAGGGCGAACAGAUUGGCAGAUGUGUUCACCGACGCAACAUGCCAGGAGGAAUUUGGCGCGGGCUUCGUAGCACAGUGUAAGAACCAGGGUUAUACACUGUGCUUUGGCGAGGAGGAGUGUUAUUAA